GCCAGAAACAUGGGAGCAAGAUUGUCGAGAUUAUGGACAUCUGUCCUGGGGCGAUUUUGUUUGCAAACACUCUCAUACGACGACCAGCUCGACUCCAACUCUAUUCGGUUGCUGUCUUUGGUUCGUCCAAGAUGGUUCUCAUUCGGUCUCUGCAGCCCACAGCUUGUCAUGUCCAAGCACAGCAUGGAUGACCUGCCGAAAUACCUCGCCUUGUCCUACACCUGGGGACCGCCGCAGGAUGAGGCUGGAGCAGGCAAGUAUGGCCAGACAUUGCCAAUACGCGUAAACGACAGCUCAUUUCCCGUGCUGCGUAACCUCUUCGAGGCAUUGCAUGGACUGCAACGACGAUGGAACUUCAAGGACGAUAUUCAGCACCUAUGGAUCGACGCCAUCUGCAUCAACCAGCAUGACCUCGACGAGCGGGCCGCUCAGGUCGCCAUCAUGGACCAGGUGUACAAGCGAUCUUCUACAACCGCCAUCUGGUUGGGCACGGCCGGCCCUGAAGCUGACGCCACGAUGCAAGUUUUUGACGCGAUUCGGCGCAUCCCAUCAGAGGAGUUCGCCCCGUACUACAGGCAACAUCCCAACGGCGCAGCACCGCCUGCCGCAUUUUGGCUCAAGCACGGUCUCCCGGGGUUUGACGACGAAGAGACAUGGCGGCCUGUGGUACGAUUCUUUGAGCACCGGUGGUUCAACCGCGCGUGGAUCAUCCAAGAGGCGACCCUUUCGUCCAACAACAUGUACCUCUUUUGGGGUCGCCAUGCCAUGACGUGGGACGACGUCGGACACGUCGCAUUCGCGGGACAGGUCGCGCGGCUCGGCAUCAUGACAAGCCAGCCUGCGCUGGCGCGGUAUCUCGCGGGAGACCCGGCGGCCGGGCAAGUUUGCGACUGGGUUGUGCGCGAUCCGCUCGUGAAUAGCUUCCAGCUGUGGUACAACCGGCACCGAUAUCUGCAGCGAAGCCUGACGCUGCACGACGACACGAUGCUGAGGGAAAUGCGCGCGCUCACGGGAUGCGACGGGGCCGGGGCUGCUUCAUGGCUCAUGUACUUUGCCCUGUCCAACCGGUGGGCAGACGCGUCGGAUGCGCGGGACAAGGUCUUUUGUCACCUGGGAAUGGUCAACAACAUUGCGUCCCAAGAUGGUCUGGCUCUAUCGAGCGUGCAGCCGGAUUACUCUGCGGCGGUGGAUGCCGCCCAGUUGUACAAGCGGCUCAUGACAGAACUCGUGCAGGAGACCAACAGCCUCGCCAUCUUCAUGGCCGUCAGCGAUCCGCCCUCAGCACGGCUUGCUGGUCUCCCAACUUGGGUGCCAGAUCUGUCGCGGCGACACGGGCUUGACCUGAUGUGGUCCAUCCGACCGCAAUUCAACGCUUGUCAGGCGAACGGAGAGAACACGGGGUCUCGAAAAACAUCAAGGGUCGUCGUCAGCGGAGAGAGUCUGCAUGUCAAGGCAAUGAUGAUUGGAUCAGUGACAACCCUGAGCGCGUCACUGCCUGACUUUCUCGGUCCUUCCUGGCACAGUUGGGCUGGCCAGCUUCUUGCCCUCGAUCCCGUAUACCGCUAUACGGGCGAAUCGCGCGUCGAGGCAUUCUGGCGAACCGCGCUGAUGAACUCGGUCGCUCGCACGUUUCCCGCGCAGUGGCCCGGCGUCAGCUCGGCGGGAGACAUGUUCCGUGCGUACGUGCUGCAGAGCAUGACGAGGUACUACCCCGGAGCAGAGGCCGAUAGUGCGACACGCGAGAAGUACCGUCACAGCCUCUGCGAUGUGAACGAUCUGGCGGCGGCGGACCAUUCGGGGCAGAUACCGUCGUUCAACGGGCUGAGCGACCUGACGGCGCAGAUUGCGGGCGUGGGCGAGGAGGAGCUCCUGACGCUGCCUGACUCGGCGGUGUUGGAGGCGCUGGGCGCGUCCGUCGACAAGGCAUCGGGAUUCCUGAUCGGGAUGGACGGGAGCAUGGUGAACCGUCGGAUCGUCAUGACAGGAGAGGGCCACAUUGCCAACGCGCCCAUGUGGACGGAGGUGGGCGACGCGAUAGCCGUGCUCGACGGAUGCCCCUGCCCGGUCGUGCUCAGGCCCGCGAGGGCUAGUAAUACAUGUACGGAUACUGACCGGAAUGGAGAGCCACAGUCCCCAUCAUAUUGGAGCUUGGUCGGCCCGGCAUAUGUGCACGGUGCUAUGUAUGGGGAACUGGUAAGAGCCGGCUUGGCAUGGCGAGAGUUGACGAUCCGAUGAUAUAUGGCUCAUCAAGCACAAACGAGACCAGACACAGAGUCUGCCGGCUCUGGCAAGCACUAACCUUAUUAAAUGUUAGAAUUUUUUUUGGAAUUAUGUUGGAAUGACU